ACUUCCCACUGGCCCCGGGCUGCACGUGGAGUUCCAACUUUGAAAUGCACAAGAAUACCCACUGGGGCUCUUAGCCACUUCUGCAUUCCUCUUUCGGAAUGUACAUCAACUAGUCAAGUAGUUGAUGGAAAUUCCAUCUGUCACUCAACUAGUAAAUUAAUCUAUAUUCAACAUCCUUAUUUUGAAAACUCUGCAGGGAAUGGCAGUUUUUCAUGUGCUCUAUGAGUGUGGCAGGUAGGGAGGCAUGGUUGGUGCUGUGUCCUCGUCUUUCAGGAGGAGGGUUUUGCAACACUUCUGAAAGGGCUCAAACUCUGCAGUCUUGUGCCCCCUGGAAGCUAGUUCCCUAGCCACAUCUUUUUGAUUGAGAACACUUUGUCCCUGGCUGUCACAUGGUUUAUUCUGGGCUUCAUGAUCUACUUUGGCCUAACUCUCUUGGCAUUUUAUAGUUUGGAAUUUGAUCUCUAAUGUAACUGGUCUUGAGUAAUUAAUUGGUCUUGAUCUUCAAAGAAAACUUAAUACUGGCAUUGGAAAUGGACUUAGGGACAGUGCCAUGGAGUUAGUGUUCUCAUGGCACCCUAAAUUACAGAAGAUGUGAGCAACUGCACUUUGUAUCAGCUGGAGCCUUUCCGCUAUUCUUGCACUCUGCUUCAGACAAGUGAAUUUCUGUAAUCCAGCUUGGAGGUGACAAGUGUGCGCAUCACUGCAGUCAGAUGCUGUGGAAGGGGAGGCGAGGCCAAGUAGCUGGAGGUGAAAGAUGGCAUUUGUAGAUACUGAUGUUACCUGGUCGUCCAAGGGUAAGUAGGGAGUCAAACAGGCCCCCCAAGGCUUCACAUCAUGCUGAAUAGAUAGUGUGUGCCUUCAGUGAGAAGGCUUCUUUUGUCCUAGCAACCCCACCAUAUUUACUAGCUUCACCAGGGUGAGAGAAUCUCCCAGUUUAUUCCUUUGUGUUUACCCGUUCUGGCCAGCAUCACUUCCUGUCCUUUUCCAGCUGACCAUCUCUAUACCAUUAACUGUUUUAUAUGUACUUAUCAUAUCCCUUCUGUGAAUGAAACAGUCCAAACCUCUGCAAUCUCUGCUUAUACUGAAGGCUUCUUAGGACUCUAGUCAUCCUUGUUGCCUUUCUCUGGAACUCUUCUGUUCUGCUAUAUUUUUCCUGAGAAGAGGUGACUAGAAACGAAUACCGUGUUCAGGGUGUCACAAAUUAAGAAUCAGCAUGGUUGUACUGGGUGUUGUAGCAAUACACAUGAGGGGAUGGUUCCUGCCUCAGUGUGCAGUCUAAUACAAAUAACUACGAAGGGCAAGAGGGAGAGGAUCACAGUGGAAUACCUACCAUUUUUAUGGAGUUUUGCAGCUCCAAUUUUUUUGCCAGAUAUAGAUUAAAAUAAAUGGCAGAUAACUCUAUCUGCUCAUCAACCCAUUAUUAAUCUAUAAAUGGAGAAGAGGGGGGAAUUUUAGAGACUAGAAAAAUGGUCUAAUGUAAACAGGGAAGUUUAAUAACGACAAAUGCAAGGUGCUCCACUUAGGAAGGACAGAAUAGGACCUGUUUAGAGAGUGGGAAAAGAUCAAUUAAAAUAAACUGAAGGAGUGAUCUGAGAGGUAGGAGAAUUGUGAGAGGACAACCAUAAAAGCCAAGAGGCACAAAAGGGUUGAGCCGGCAAAGGUCAUCAUGAGGCAGGAAGGGGAUGGGUGGGGUUACUGCUGUAUGGGGAAGGUUUAGAGGAGGGGAGCAAGGGAUAAACUUCUGUCAGUGACUAGGGAUGAUAUGGAGAAUGUUGGACAUGGUGAGUAGGUAGCUGGAAUUGUGGAUGUGGCCAUAUCACUGCUCUCCCCUUUCUCCAGAUCGUUGUUAGACAUAUUUCAGUGCUAGUCUUGGAGUGAACCCUUGUACGCCUGCUCUUAACCAUUUCCUAUGAUGAAGGGGCCAUUUAUUUCUGCGUUGUUUCAUGCCUGAGCCAGUUUUUAGCCAUGACAGAAAUUUAUCUUUUUCUCUCCAUGUUUAUUGUCAUUGGGAUUUUCAUUAAUGACAUCUCAAUAUGUUCUCCUGUGUCCUCUGUGUUCUGGACGUGGUCACAGAUUGAAGAGGCCCAGUUUUCCUUUACAGACAAUGUGCUUGUUUGUCUCUCUCUAGUAUUCUCUCUUUUGGUCUUUCAUAAUUCUGUAACUGUCACCUGAGACACAUUACAUAGUACUAAAGCAAAACUUGCUGGUCUUUUUCUUCCAGGAUCUUUCUUAGUGCUGGACAGAGAGACAUUUGCUACUUUCCAGUCCUCGGCAUAUAUGAGUGCAUGUUUUUGAUAGCUGCUCAUCCACUUCAUCUUAAAGCUCCUUCUGAACUCCUGGAUUAACUAAGGAAGUUGUUGCUAUGGGGACUGGAACUAAAUGCAUUGGCCAUGCAAAAAUGAGGAAAACUGGGGAUAUUCUCAAUGACAGUCAUGCUGAAGUCAUUGCCAAGAGGAGUUUCCAGAGAUAUCUCAUCCACCAGCUGCGGCUUGCAGCCUCAUACCAACAGGGCAGCAUCUUCAGCCCAGGCACUGAGAGUGGGACAUGGAAACUCAGACCACACAUCACCUUUAUUUUUUUCUGCAGUCAUACCCCAUGUGGGGAUGCCUCCAUUAUUCCAAUGACCAAACCAGAGAACCAGCCUUGUGAGCUGGUUGGUGGAAAAGAUCCAACAGGGCAUUCAGCAGAGUGCCAGGGCAGCUGUGAUCCUGUGGGUCCAGAACAUAAAAGGAAAACAGAGGAAACUGCAAGUGAUCAUGUGAUCAAGAAACUGAGAACAGCGGUGGGUGAUUCUACAUGCGAGGUCACUGAGGGAGUAGCUGCUCAGCACGUUCUUGACAGUCGGCAGAACUUACAAGACACAGAGUUUGUUACAGAUGAUCAAAAAGAAUGCUCAGUGGGGACCAAGGAGACUGGACUGACAAGAACCAAAGUGAUGGAUGUUUAUAGAACUGGAGCAAAGUGUGUUCUGGGCGAGGGGGCUGAUGCUCAGAGACCUGGAGCCGAGUAUCAUUGUGUUGGGUUACUACGAGUAAAGCCAGGCCGUGGAGACAGGACCUGCUCCAUGUCCUGCAGCGAUAAAUUAGCUCGCUGGAAUGUAUUGGGAUGUCAGGGAGCCCUCUUGAUGCAUUUCUUACAGCACCCGGUGUAUCUCUCAGCGAUAGUAGUGGGGAAAUGCCCAUAUAGCCAAGAGGUCCUGCGGAGAGCAGUUAUUGAAAGGUGUCAGCACAUCUCAUUUUUACCAGAUGGUUUCCAUGUUCAGGAAGUGAAAAUGUUGCAGUCAAAUCUUCAGUUCAAACAUAGCCGCCAUGCAAUUCAGGCAGCUCUUGCUAAUAGCAAAGCAAAGCUUUUUCCUUGUGGGGCAGCUAUCAGCUGGAGUGCGGUUCCUGAGCAACCCCUAGAUGUCACCUCAAAUGGCUUCAAGCAGGGAACAACUAAGAAAGGAAUCGGAAGUCACCAGGCCAGGUCGCGGAUCUGUAAGGUGGAACUUUUCCAUGCAUUUCAAAGACUGAUGGCUAGUAUUUCUCAGAAGAAUCUGCCAGCAUCUCUCAGGGAGAAGAAGUUGGAGACCUAUUGGGAGUACAAGGAAGCCUCAGCAAACUAUCAAGAAGCUUGGAACAUGCUACGUAGCCAGGCCCUAAAAGCCUGGGUCAAGAAUACCAAGGAUUACCUGCAGUUUACAUAAAAUGGCAGCUGAGAGAGCCCAGCAUUGAUGGAGCCUUCAGAGACAGACUGGGAGGAGAUGCUUUAGAAUGUGAGCCAAAUUCUGGCUGUCAGUUGGAGGCAGUGCCUUGUCGCUAAGGCCCAAAACCUCUGGGCCUCAGUUCUGAGUGAGGGAGACAGAAAAGGUAAUUUGUUUUGGCUGCUUCUGUAUGUCAUUCUUUCUAAAUAUAGAUUAGAUCCAAGGGGGUUUGGUUACUUCAGAGCUGCAUGUACCAUAGUAUGAGAUGGGGAACUUCUGAUCCAUCUACUAUAGUCUGACAAAGGGGAGGAAAAUAGGAAGAGGGUGACAUGCCAGUGUUUCCAUCUGCUGCAGGGGAUACAGAAUCCAAAUUUGUUGGUUUGGCACUAACUCUCUUUCAGUGGGUUCAGCACUCUAGUGAAACUAGGACAAAACUCUACUUUCAGCUAGAUUCCCUGGAACAGAGGGACUGUACCUUCAAGCCAAGAUCCAUCCCAGAGGACUAAGGUGUCUGGUCACCUACUGAUGAGAGAGAGAAUGAGACGAGUUGGGUAAAAAUGGGACUUUUAAUCAGUCAUUUUAAUUUUUAUAUCCAGAUCAUUCCAUAAAAGACUACACCUUUUACACCGAGGAAGGGUUUUUUUAACAUCUGAAUCAGGGCAGAAAAGAUGCCACAUUUCAGUUAAAAACAAUGUUCAGUGAGAGAAGAAACUACAGCGUUUAAGACAAAUUCAUGACAGAAAUACUAACUCUGAAACAUCCAAGCCUUUUAUUAACCAUUUAUACUUGGGAAACCAGAUCUUGGUUGUAUCAUUAGGGGUCUCAUGUGACAGUUACCAUUUGGCUUGUGUCAAGUGUUACCUAUGCCUAGUAAAAGCUGGAGAGGCUCUGGUAGCAAUAUAGGGUCCCUGAAGCACUUGUUGUAAAAUGUUAACAGAUGUUUGGUGCUGUGUGUGUUCCUUCUAUGUGCACCCCAGCCCUAUGCAGACAGCUUGCAUAACAGACCUCAAGCAACCUGCUCAAUGUCCACAUUAAAGGACAAAGGUACAACCUGGUAAACUCUGAGGACACUAAGGCAUCCAUGCCCGUGACAAUGAGUGUGGCUCAGUCAGUGGCAGAAUUUUCCACUGCCCCCUAUACUGUCCAGAGAUACUCCCUAAUGAGACACAUUAUACCUGGAUACAAACAAAUUAAUAUGCCCCCUGAUGUCACCUUGUACAUGUUGGUUCGUUCAAAAGAUCUGUGUCGCAAUAAUGUUUUCCUGACCAUAUCUUUUAGGAGAGCUCAGUGUGUUCCCAUUAUCUUUGGGGGAUGUUUUUGUACCAUCCUUGAUAUCCAAAUGUUUUGGCAUUACUUGAUACUGGGAUGUGUUUGCAUGAAUGUUCUGUGACAAGCACAUCUUAGUCAAGAUUCUAUGAACAACUUCUGCCUCGUACCAGGCUGACACAGACGCGAUCUCAAACAUUCCCUUGAAACUGUCACCUCAUGUGCUGAAAUUACCACUAAAGCCACUCACCCUGUUUUACUGGGCCAGAAACUCUGGUCUCUUCCAGGUAUGGCAUUGAUUAGGGGUCUACAACUGGCUUCACAGGCUGUCUCCCAUCACACAGGUUCUGAUACAAGGGCUUAUGUCUCAGGCUCUUUUCUUCCUACAUAUGUGUCUAAGCAAAAUAUUUUUAGUUGACAUGAGCAGGGCUCAACAAUUAGUGUAAUCUACUCGCCCGUGGCGAGUAGAUUACAAGAUGCCGCAGCGCAGUCAGCGCAUGCGCAGCGCGCCGAACCGCGCAGCUGGGGAGCAGGGCUCGCUGCCGCUUGGCGAGCCCUGGACAUGAGCAUGGCAGAGCAGUCUGUCUGGUGUAAAAUGCCCUAGUCAAAUUAGGGGGAGUGUUAUGUGGUGCACGCAGACUCUUCCCUCUGGGAGGUUAGUGACAGUUCAUGUGGAAGUGUUUUUUUUUUUCUUUAACCUGAGGCUGGGAUUAUAUAAUCACACAAGAACCAUUGAUCCCUCAGACUAUCUGGCUGCUGUAGCCGAAGUUUUGCAAAAA